GUUCAGGUAAAAAAGUACCGUUUGCCAGACUACACUCAACGCCAGUCAAGCCACAGCAACGUCAGGUGUAUGAACUCUUGCCACUCCGGCGUUAUUUACAAGCUUUAAAUUAUAUUUAUAUUUAAAACCAUAGAAUAAUUAUAUUCCUUGUUAUUUAUUUAAAUUAAUGUGAUUAUUAUUAACGGGAUAAAAAAAUGAUUUUUCCAAAGACAUUAAUAGUGAUAGCUUUCUUGGGCAUUGUCGUUGCUCAGAAAGAGGAUGACGUUGAUAUUUCUAGUGCAUUUGCAGACGUGGCGAAUUCAUUUUUUUCUGACGAAUCACAAGGGACAAAUAAAUUUAUGAAUGAAAACAAUGGAUUAGCAGGAUUUGGUCAAAUUCUAUCUGGAAUAGGAAACUUAAUGGCGAGCACAUCAGGAGGUCAAAAUAGUAAAAAUCAAGGCGGCAUAGAUUUGUCAAUGCUGGGUCCAGUUUUACAAAUGGUUGCUUCUUCUGCUGGUAAUAACAAUCAACAGAUGAAAAACGCCAGGUCCAAUAAUGAAGAUGGAAGUGGAUUUAAUGUUGACUUUGAAGGUCUGAUGAAUAUGGCAAGUAUGUUUUUGGGUCCUCGUGAAAACAAUAAUGCUGAAGGUAUCUUGGGAUUACUUCCCAUGAUAUUAGAGAACUUUAAUUCCGGCGAAUCAUCUCCUGAUCAUUCAAAAAAUCAUGAUCAUUCAGCUCAUUCCUGGUAUAUGCCGCCAAUUCUUGAAAAUAUACAUGUUCUAUGGGAUCAUUUUAGAAAUUCUGAGUUCGGCCAGACACUAUGGAAAAAUAGUGGAUUAGCUCAUAUCAUAGGUUCUAUGAGUGAUUCGGAAGGUCAUAUCAUGUAUGAAAGGAUUCUUGAAAGUUUUGAAAAUCCAAGUGCUCGUCGACGAUGGAUAAAAUCCUUGACAAAUUUCGUUGCUGAUUGGUUUUCUCAUAUAUCUGAUCCUGAUAUUCAAAGUCGUUAUUUAACCACUGCACAAUUUGUAGUCAAUAGUUUUCUUAAAUCCCAAGGGUUUCCUAAGUCAGCAGUAUUCGACCCAACAAAACCCGCUGAAAGUCUUACCAGAAUGAUCAAUGCUGGGGCAAAAAGAUAUCUUAACAUGAAUAUAGACAGUGCUAAGUAUAUAAAACCUGCAGUGGCAUAUGUUCAGGACUUGAUAAAAUUGGCUUCAGAGAAAGGAUUCAUUAUGUCUAGAGUUAAUGCUAAUGAACUCAGCAAUCGUCUCAGCGACACUAUAAAUAAUGAUCUAGUAUCUCCAAUUCUCAAGACUUAUCGAGCAUAUAAGUGGGCAGUGAAAUCUCCAAAAUGUGCAACUCACAUUUUGUGUGUUAUUAAUCAAAAAUCAUCUGAUGAGAACAACAGAUCUGUUCUCCGAGACAGUAUUAUAAAGGUUAGCAGCUUUCCAGCAGCGUGGGCAAUUAGUACCAAAACGAAUGUUAGUUUUUGGACUCUUUAUGGUGCUAUAAGAGAAAAUGAACAAUGUUUCGAAAAAUAUCCAGCUGACUGCAAUGAGUUCCAUGAAGAAGAAAUUCGAGUCACUACAGAAGCAAUUCAUAUUGAAUUAUAGUGCAAAUAGUAUUAUAAAGGAUCAUUAUAAAAAAUCAUCAAUUCUUCUAGGAAUUUUUUUAUGGCAGGAUAUUGCUGAGACAUAAAUAAUUCCCAACAUUUUUGAUAUUUCGGUUGACAACGAAAGAACUUUCAUUGACGAUAUUUAAUAUUAGUGUAAUGAAAUCAAGAUAUAUUUUAGUUAUAAUAAUUAUCUUAUUUAAAAUUAAAAAUAUGAUUAUUUUUACAUUAUUUGAAAAAUAUAAAUCAUAAACAUGUAAAUUGUAGUAAUAAUGAUUAACUUUUUGGAAGUUUCAUCUACUUAUCAAUAAUCGAGACAUCAAAUAUGUUACAUUCUAUUAAGUGCAAUACUGUUAAAUAUAAAUGUUAUAAUAAGUCAAUUAAUACGAAAUGUGAACCUCGGUUUUUAAUAUAAUUUAUAUAAUUAUUCACUUUAACCUGUUUACUAUAUUAAUAAUUUAAUCUUUGUAAAUAUUAGAUAAAUUUCAAAAUGAAUAUAACGAAUGUACAAAAAUUUUGUAACUGCUACAUAUUCAUUCCGAUAAUGUUUUGAUCAGAAUAUAUAUUUAAAUAUUA